GGAGUUUGGGAAUGACAGUUAGCGUUGACCAAAGAAGACGGUGAUAAGGCUGACUAGUUUGUGGGUUUUGAAAGGCGGUUUGAUGCUGUCAAACGGGACCAAAAAAUACUAUUUUGACAAAAAAUCUUAAACGGUUAUUGUUCUGCUGGUUUCCAGAGACACCUUGUGGUAGAUGUGAAGAUUGCGUUUCUUAUUUUAAUUCAAGACGAAGUGGAACUUCGAGGGGAAAACUCAGAGAUGAUCUGAAGUUCUUAAAAGUAUUUGACAUCGCUAUGGAAACAGAAUUCUUUGCUGUGAGACUCUACCUCCUUUACACACCUGAAUGAUCCCAACUGAGGUUUUCCCAGCAGGCUUCAUGUAACUGUUUACCUGUGCAGGUGCUGCUGGGCAGACGUAUGGAGGACUGGCUGAGAUUCUCAGUCUGUUACUGGCACUCCUUCUGUGGGACUGGUGCCGACCCUUUUGGGUUCCAGACACAACACAGACCCUGGAAUGAGGGUGCUACCCCCAUGGAAUGUGCCAAGAAGAGACUCCAUGCAGCCUUUGAGUUCUUCACCAAACUUGGUGUGAAGUACUACACCUUUCAUGACAGGGACAUGUCCCCUGAGGGAAGCACUCUGGAGGAGUCCAACAGCAACCUGGAUGAGAUGACAGACCUGGCCCUGCAGCUGCAGAAUAGGACUGGGGUCAAGGUGCUGUGGGUCACCUGCAAUCUGUUUGCUCACUCAAGGUACAUGAAUGGAGCAGCAACCAACCCUGACUGCCAUGUUUUGGCCUAUGCUGGGGCCCAGGUGAAGAAAGGACUGGAUGUAGCCAAGAAGCUGGGAGCAGAGAACUUUGUCUUCUGGGGCGGCAGGGAGGGUUUUUAUUCGAUACACAACACUGAUGUUGGCGCUGAACUGAAACAUAUGGCAAACUUUUUCAAAAUGACUGUCAAGUACAAGGAGAAGAUAGGGUUGAAGUGCCAGUUCCUCAUUGAACCCAAGCCCAAAGAGCCAUGCAAACAUCAAUACGACUAUGAUGCAAUGAGUGUCAUAGGCUUCCUGAAGCAUUAUGACCUGGACAGCCAUUUCAAACUGAACAUCGAACCCAACCACACCACUCUGGCUGGGCAUUCCUAUGAACACGAUGUCGUCAUGGCCUCUGUGUUUGGCAUGCUGGGCUCUGUGGACUCCAACACGGGUUCUCCUGACCUGGGCUGGGACACAGACCAGUUCCCCAUGGACAUCAGGAACACCACCAUGAUAAUGAAGACUGUGAUAGAGCAGGGUGGUCUGCAGCCGGGGGGUCUGAACUUCGAUGCUAAGGUGCGUAGGGAGUCCACGGACUUGGAGGACCUGUUCAUAGCCCACGUCGGAGCCAUGGACGCCUUCGCACGCGGCCUGAGGAACGCAGUCAGGAUCAUAGAGGAAGGAGUUAUCACCAGCAUGGUCAAGGAGCGCUACAUGAGCUUCAGCCAUGGGAUUGGUCAGAAAGUAGAGGAUGGCAGCACAUCAUUGGAGGAGCUGGAGGACUUUGUCAAGCAAAAUGGGGAGCCCAAAGUCACAUCAGGCAAACAGGAGAAAUAUGAAACAGUCUUUAACCACUACCUUUGAAGACAUGUGGUGAAGUCUUGUUUGACCAUGAAACCCCUUGUCCUGAGUGGUAUAGUGUCCAUCCAGACCUUUCAUAAUAGUAUGCUUAGAGAGUGAUAUAGUUUCACAUGACUAACUAUUAUUACAGUUAUAGUAUAAAUAAUUAAUCAGUGGAGGAGUCUUGUGAAUGUGGACUAUUUUAAUGCACACUCCUGUAAUGUUGACAUAUGAUUUGAAUAAUGAGGCCAUCAGUGGUAAAGACCAGAAAUAUGAAUUUAAUUUAGUAUAAAUUACAUGGCAUUUCAAAUACUGAAUUAAGGAAUUAACUAAUUGAUCAGUUUUUUAUACUGGAGUUGAAUAAAAAGAAGCAAACCCUA